AUGUCAGACCAUGACCUAUUGCUGUCUGGUUCGAUUACUCGUCAUGAGAAACCGCUCCUCUUUCCUUGGAAUCGCCGAUUGAGACACCUACAUGGCAUAUCGCUGCGAAAUCUUAACAUCACCGCUGUGUCGAGCAGAGCCCGCGGCAAGACAACUACCGACGAUGAUGCACCUUACAAUCUUGACACGCCUACCAAACGUGCUCUGCGCAGUGAAGCCCGAACCUUGACCCAUUCGGCUUCGUUUACCAGCCUCGCAAGCGCGAACAAAGAUCGACCGAGUCCACUGCAGAAAGCCUCAACUUCGUACGUUCAAGAUGGUAAAACCUCUUUGGGUCGCCCCCAAGGACGUUUGCGACGGCGGAGCACCUUACACUGGAGUUCCGCUACGCCUCGAGCGCGACAGGAGAAGCUGCAAGACCUCACCGGGCAUCGUCUACUCGAUACUUGGUUCUCGCUACACAUUGGUGGUGCGCAUGAAACAGAACCCGUCUAUCUUAGCGAGGUCAUGGAGAGCUGCAUGAAUCCGAGCUUUGCCUUCUUCGAUUUGGACACUGCAGGCCCGCUCGUUGCUCGCGCAGACGAAUGCGUCCUGCGCUUAUGGGCUAAAACCGCUGACGCGGUAGAAUAUGUGGUACUCGUUGAACUAAAUGUAAACUUGAGAUCUCUGCAGUUCAUCGGAGCCACUCUCGACAACUUCCACCACCCUCUACCUGAAAACUGCGUUUUACUGCAUCUCUCUGACGGUAUAUACACAUCUUUUACAGAUCUGCCCGGCAGCGGUGCCACUGCAAUCGCUCUACGGGAAGCAAAAAGCGGAUCUGUUGAAGCUAGCAGCUCUUUUGACGCGUUGAUGCAGCUAGCUAACUUGGACGAGUGCAUUCAGGAUGCCAUGAAAGUUCGACAACGGUUGGAGGACGAAGUCAACGAUCUGCUCGCAGAACAGACUGCUGCUCGGGAUCAGGAACGUUCAUUGCGAGCGAAACGGCAACAACUCGCCUCGGCCAAGUCUGCCGCAGUUACAGUACGCAAGCAGAAUGCUGCCCUGCAGAGGCGCAACGAAGAACUGCGCCUGAACCUGAAGACUAGGCAAGAGACUGUUAGCUCCGGCAGCAAGCCUCAGAAAGAGGCUGAAAAGCACAACCAAGAGCAACGUGAGCUCAUCCAAUCCUUACGGGCUGCCCGCCAGACUGCCGAGGAAUCUCAGGGCCAGAUGCGCAGGAUUGGAGAGGCACUUCAGUCUAUCUUCCCAAUCGAACCCAUAGGCAACAAGCCACUGCAGUUUACCAUUCGCAACGUUUCGCUACCAAACUCGGCCUUUGACGACACGAACCGUGACGAGAUUGCGGCUGCACUGGGAUUCACCGCUCAGCUAGUGCAUCAGCUUUCACUGUACCUGCUUUGUUCCUUACCGUAUCCUUUGGAACCAAAUGCAUCAAAUUCGUGGAUCCAGGAUCCGGUAUCAGCUGGCCUCGCACAGCGCAGAUAUCCGUUGUAUCCAACUAGCGUUGCAUACAAAUUCGAAUAUGGUGUCUUCUUACUAAAUAAAGACAUCGAAUUUCUCAUGAACAAAGUUGGCUUGCGGGUCUUGGACAUUCGGCACACCUUACCAAACCUCAAGUACUUAUUGUAUGUGCUUACUGCGGGCUCGGGCGAGCUGCCCGAGAGGAAAGCAGGUGGCAUAAGAGGCCUUCUAGGAGGGCGAAUGACGCCCAGUGCCAGUCGCCGUUCGAGUCAGGAGAGUGUGAAGGGACAUCGAGAGAUCUUGAAGCCGGCACAGCGGAACGGACACAUCGGUUCACGAGAGAAGCCGAACGAUCCAUUCUCCUCCUCACCACCCAUGCCAAAGCUUGCCUACCGUUCUAGCGGCUUGCGCGACGCUGGUUAG